GCGGGCAGUGGCGGGAAGCGGGUGGAGCUGCCCGGCUCGUCCGUGACCUCAGAGCCCCUGGCCCAGCUCCUCCCUGACGUCAGCCCUCCUCCGCCCCCGCCCGCGUCGGUCUUCAAAUGACCCGGGGGCUCCCCAGCUACAGCGAGACCCGGGAGCGAGCAGGAGAGAAGCGCCCGCGGGACCCACAGCGAUGACACAGCAGGAUGUGCCCAAGCCCACCCGGGCCGCCCGCCACUGCUCAGGCCUGGCCCGGCGGGUGCUGACUAUCACCUUCGCGCUGCUCAUCUUGGGCCUCAUGACCUGGGCCUACGCCGCCGGGGUGCCGCUGGCCUCUGAUCGCUACGGCCUCCUGGCCUUCGGUCUCUACGGGGCCUUCCUCUCCGCGCACCUGGUGGCACAGAGCCUCUUCGCGUACCUGGAGCACCGGCGGGUGGCGUUGGCGGCGCGCCGGGCGGCGGCGCGGGGGCCCCUGGACGCAGCGGCGGCGCGCAGCGUGGCACUGACCAUCUCGGCCUACCAGGAGGACCCGGCGUACCUGCGCCAGUGCCUGGCGUCCGCGCGCGCCCUGCAGUACCCGCGCGCGCGGCUGCGCGUCCUCAUGGUGGUGGACGGCAACCGCGCCGAGGAUCUCUACAUGGUGGACAUGUUCCGCGAGGUCUUCGCCGACGAGGACCCCGCCACCUACGUAUGGGACGGCAACUACCACCAGCCCUGGGAACCCACAGCGGCGGGCGCUGCAGGUGCGGGCGCCUACCGGGAGGUGGAGGCCGAGGACCCCGGGCGGCUGGCGGUGGAGGCGCUGGUGAGGACGCACAGGUGCGUGUGCGUGGCGCAGCGCUGGGGCGGCAAGCGCGAGGUCAUGUACACGGCCUUCAAGGCACUCGGCGACUCCGUGGACUACGUGCAGGUCUGUGACUCGGACACAAGGUUGGACCCCAUGGCACUGCUGGAGCUGGUGCGGGUGCUGGAUGAAGACCCCCGGGUAGGGGCUGUUGGGGGGGACGUGCGGAUCCUUAACCCCCUGGACUCCUGGGUCAGCUUCCUAAGCAGCCUCCGGUACUGGGUGGCUUUCAAUGUGGAGCGGGCUUGUCAGAGCUACUUCCAUUGUGUGUCCUGCAUCAGCGGUCCCCUAGGCCUAUACAGGAACAACCUCCUGCAGCAGUUCCUUGAGGCCUGGUAUAACCAGAAGUUCCUGGGCACUCACUGCACCUUCGGGGACGACCGGCACCUCACCAACCGCAUGCUCAGCAUGGGCUAUGCCACCAAGUACACCUCCCGCUCCCGCUGCUACUCAGAGACUCCCUCGUCCUUCCUGCGCUGGCUGAGCCAGCAGACGCGCUGGUCCAAGUCCUACUUCCGAGAGUGGCUCUACAACGCACUCUGGUGGCACCGGCACCACGCGUGGAUGACCUACGAGGCGGUGGUCUCGGGCCUCUUCCCCUUCUUCGUGGCGGCCACCGUGCUGCGGCUCUUCUACGCGGGCCGCCCGUGGGCGCUGCUGUGGGUGCUGCUGUGCGUGCAGGGCGUGGCGCUGGCCAAGGCGGCCUUCGCAGCCUGGCUGCGGGGCUGCCCGCGCAUGGUGUUGCUCUCGCUCUACGCACCACUCUACAUGGGCGGCCUCCUGCCCGCCAAGUUCCUGGCGCUGGCCACCAUGAACCAGAGCGGCUGGGGCACUUCCGGCCGGCGCAAGCUGGCCGCCAACUACGUCCCCCUGCUGCCGCUGGCCCUCUGGGCCCUGCUGCUGCUCGGGGGCCUGGUCCGCAGCGUGGUACACGAGGCCCAGGCCGACUGGAGCGGCCCUUCCCGCGCGGCCGAGGUGCACCACCUGGCAGCAGGGGCUGGCGCCUAUGUGGGGUACUGGGCAGUCAUGCUGACGCUCUACUGGGUGGGCGUGCGGAGGCUGUGCCGGCGGCGGUCGGGGGGCUACCGGAUCCAGGUGUGAGUCCAGGUGUGCGGGCUGCUCACCCAAGGGACUUCAAGGGAAGCGAGAGGACACCAGCAGGGGCCCCAGGGAGCCACGAACUUGCUGGGUGAUUCUCUGGGCCUCGGUUUCCCUCCUCUGUGAAGUGAGGGGGUCAACCCGAUUCUUCAGCCUGGACUGUUUUGGGGCUGGGACUUCAGGGUCUCUGGGGAGGGGUAUUUAUUGAUCAGGGCGUGGAGUUUUAGGAGUGGGAGGACAAGAGUCCCCACACGCUGUCCUGGGGCCUCCUUCCUCCCGGUUGUUAUUUAAUAUCCAUUUGUACUGUGUGAUUAGGAUGUAAUAAAGAAUCUUAUUUAUUUUCUUCUGGGUCUCCACCCACUUUUUUUUUUUUUUUUUUUUGAGAACUGAAGGGCUAUAGUGUUGAAGGCUGGGGACUCGUGGCUCUGUCUCGGGGGCAAGCUGUCUGAAUGGAGACAGGCUCCUUCUUCAGGAAACAGGGCUAAUAAUUCCAUGGGUCAGAGCUGUGAGGGCGAAAUUUCUCAUCUUUUCAUCACAGGUACUUAUGGAGUGCCUGCUAUGCAGGAACACGGUUAGGUGACGCAGAGGACAUUUUCCUGGUCUGUCCACUUGGCUACUCUCUAAGAAAGGUUAAGUCAUACACUGUCUCCUCAAACCCCUAGCACCUCACCCUUACCUUGCUUCCCAUCUCACUGAUCCUCCCAGUGAUCUGCGUCUGUGCCCACACAAGCCACCUAUUCCCACUCCUGAGGGCCAGCUGUCUGCUUCAAUGCCAACCCCUUCUACCAGGGCACUGGACCUCAUGCCCUGGGGUCCACUCAAAGAUCUCACGCCUUCCGUUCUUCCCAUGUCAUCAGUUCUUCCCUCCCCACAAGUCUUUCCCAGCAGCAUUCAAAUGUGCUGUCACUCUGAUUUUUAAAUACAUUUAAAAAAUGUGUUUAUUUAUUUGGUAGGGUGAGCGGUGAGGGAGCACAAGCAUUGGGAGUGGCAGAGGGGGAAGCAGGCUCCCCGUUGAGCAGGGAGCCCAUUGCGGGGCUCGAUCCCAGGACCCCAAGAUCAUGACCUGAGCUGAAGGCAGAUGCUUUACCGACUGAGCCACCCAGGUGCCCCCCACUCUCUGAUUUUUAAGAUUCCGUCUUGACCUAUUUCCUCCUAAGCUACAGUCUCAUUUUAUAAAGAUAAUCUCUACCCGCAAUGGGGCUCAAACUCACAACCCCGAGAUCAAGAUCUUUUGCAUACUCUACUGACUGAGCCAGUCGGUCGCCCCAUACCAUCUCGUUUCUAACAGCAAAACUCCUUGAGAGCUGUUUACAUUUGUCUCCAAUUUCUCUCCCACAAAGUUCAGCCAUGUCAAGUGUGUAAUUCAGUGGUUUUUAGUAAGUUUAUAGACUUGUGCAAUCAUUACUGUAAUCUCAUUUUAGAACAUUUUCAUCACCCAAAAAAGAACCCCAUACCCACAGGCAGUCCCUUGCAUUCCUCGCCCUGAAACCACCUCGAUGCCCUAGACACCCAUAAUCUACUCUGUCUCUACAGAUUUGCAUGUAUCAUUGGCUCAUUCCUUUUUAUUGCCAAAUAAUAUUCCACCACAGGGAUGUGUCACAUUUGGUUUACCCAUUUAUCAGUUGACUGACAUUUGGGAUGUUUCUGGUUUGGGGCCAUUGUGAAUAAUGCUGUGAACAUUCACAUACAAAUUUUUGUGUGAACAUGGGUUAAGUUCUCCCCAGGGAGAUUCUCAAGGAGUGGAGUUGCUGAGUCAUGUGGUGAACCUGUUUAAUUUAUUGAAGUGCCAGAUGGCUUCCACAGUGCCUGUACCAUUUUAUAUUCUCACCAGCAAAGGAGGAGGGUUCCAAUUUCCCUACAUCCACACCAACAUUUGUUAUCAUUUUUAAAUC